CACACAGCAAUCGUCGUGUCACUUUUUACCUUUAUGCUCAUCACUGUCCAAGGCGGACAGCAUAGCACUACAAACGCUCGUUAACAACUACAGGCUAUUCUAUGAAUUUUUCUUCGAGGAGAAGAUACCAGUUGCGCUCAUCGUUACUCACCUGGAGAGGGAGGAUCCCAUGGACGAUUGGUACACACGAAACAAGGGGUCGUUCGACCGCCAUGCAAUCAAACUUGAAACCAGGGCCAGCUGAUGUCUCUGACUUGUACAAGGACCCUCUCGUACAGUGGCAACACCGAUGGUACUUCGUCAUCCUGACCAUUUUCGGGUACUUGCUUCCAAUGGUCAUUCCUGGUUUAUUGUGGGGAGACUGGAAAGGCGGAUUCUUUUUCGUUGGUGCAGUCCGUAUGACCGCGCGCUACCUGAUACCUCAGCAGUUCAUUGUGAUCCAGCAUAGACUGUCUUACUGCCUCUGGGGCGAUGAUGGAGGGGACAUUGGAUAUGAGCGCUGAGUACUGAGUAGACCUAACCAGGGCUUCAGAGAAGUGAGAACUAUAGUGUUGGCACGACGACGGACAACCCGCCAUUUUCAAGGUUUCUGAUUCUGCACGUUGGGACAUUAAAGAUUAUUGACACUAACGGCUACUCGUCUAUAUAAAAAUCGAGCGGCUCUGCAAUAAGUUA